AUGGAGGGUUUUGGCGGCGGACUGUUGUCCCUGUCCAAGCAUAACGUGAGCGCUUGGGUGGACACUUCCGACUCGGGAUUGAACAUUACUGCUGGCCGUCCUGUUGUGGAGGCACUAGGGUAUUCAACUGAAGACCUCCUCAAGACAGCUUCUGCAACGCAGGACGCCUACGAUUUGGGUGAGCUCUCGGUGCUAGACUUCGAGGGAGACCUCGAUGAUUUCGAGGAAGAUGACGUCCCGGCCAUCGAUGGCAACCCCAAGCUCGCAGUGCGCCGCAUCCUGGAACAGAAGGUUCAAGAAGCGGAAUGCAAGGGAUUUCUGAAUCCGGUGCUAUUCGGUUGCAUGACCUACUCCGGGAAUUCGAAGAAGUCUUCCGGGUGCAGUUCCAGGACGAUCCUCCCGUAG